UUGGUGAAUUUGACCUCGCCGAGGAGCUCAAGGACCUCUGGACGCACGAGUCCAAGGACCUAGAGAGGACGUACCUGAUCAGGACGCUUCAGGGCAUCUCACAGCAAAAGGGCAUACGGAUGACGUUCUUUUCCGGAGACGUAAACUGCGCCGGUGCCGGGCUGGUCCAUGACCCCUCACACCCAUCCGACCACAAGACCAUGUACCAAAUCAUCACGUCGCCUAUCGUGGCCGCGCCUGCAGGCAACUACAUUCUCAAGAUGCUCCACAACAAUCGGCUCCUUUACGUGCCCCUCAACGGCCACCGAUCCACGCACGAGGUCUCGGACACCAAAGAGGACAUGAUGGAGAUCUUCCAUACCGACGCUUCGGGCGCUGCCCGCGAGCUCAAGAAGCUCAUGGGCCGCCGCAACUACGCCGCCUGUGUCGUUUACGACCCGGAUCAGAUCAACAAUGGUCAGCAGCAACAGCAGCAGCACGGCGGCAGCAACUACGCCCACAGCAUCGCCAGCGGUGGCAGCGGCGGGGGCUCGUCGGCUGGUUUGAGCAAGCUGAGCCUCGCCAUCGACUUUGUCGUCCAGGGAGAUGGCCACUUGCCGGCGCCGACCAAGUACGGACCGGUCAUCGUUCCGCACCUCGAGUUUGGGCAUUGAGAAGGGGGAAGCGACCGAGCAAGUUUGUGUGGUUACGCGACGGUUUUUGGAUUGUUAUAUUCGAUCUAAUGGACCAUGACAUAUAGUCAUACAAGAUCUCAUUCACAACCAACAAGGAAGAGAGAGAGAGAGAGAGAGAGAGUAUAGCGACAAGAUUCCAAGAAAUGUAGGCAUGGGGUUCUGGGCGUUGGAAUGAUGUUCUGACUGGUUGCUACAUGCGACCCAUUGAAUAUGACUACUAUUAUUACUUCCAAUGAAACGUGGUAUUUCCAGUCCGA